UUGUAACAUUUAAAAAUGUUCAAAGUGAUUUCAACCAUCACAGUCUCGAAUAUUUCGAAUAUUUUCAAAUCGGAAAUUCGAACGGCCAUCGUUACUUAUGAAAUCGAAGCGAACCCGAGCAAAACCGAAGUUAGGCGAACGACGCUGAAUCAUUCUACGCUUCGGCGUGCUUCGGCUUUGAUUACUGGUAUCGCUAGGUGUCGCCGUCGAGCACCGUCGAGCUGCGUAUUACUUACGGCACGAAAUGUUAGUCGCGUUUACUGUUUUGUGAAACACGGUAGUCUGUCGUUUCGUGGUUUGUUUGUGGACGCGUGAAAACGAUGCAUAAUUACAACAAACUGUCGCAAUAGCAUUUAACAACGGCAGAAGAGAAGAAUCGGUCGAUUUCACCUGCAUCGUGGUGUAACGCGUUAUGCAUUGGUUUGAUGUGUUUCCUCGAGGUCACAGUUGGACUUUGACAGACGUUAGAAUGUCGCGGGUGAACGUGAUGUUGUUUGUGCUGGGUGCCUGGGGCCUUAUAGGCACCGCAGCUGCAGUGGAGGGUGGACAUUGUAUUUGGCAUGGAGAAUGUUACACAGAUCCAUUUAUGCAUAAAAAGAAUUGCCCUUACAAUGGGCCAGCUAAACCAUUAGACUUUGAAGGACAAAAAUUACUUGCUAAAAAUUGUCCUCAUCUUUUUAAAGAUUCUGGAGAUGGAAUUAAAACUUGUUGUGACACAAAUCAAUUGAAAACAAUGGAUUUCAAUGUCAAAUUAGCAUCAAAUUUUUUGAGCAGAUGUCCUAGCUGCUUUGACAAUUUAGUAAAACAUUUUUGUGAAUUUACAUGUAGUACAGAACAAAGCACAUUCAUUAAUGUUACCGAAAUACUGAAAGAAGGAAGUACAGAAUAUAUUAAUAAAAUAGACGUUUAUAUAACAAAUAAGUACCUUGAAGGUACAUUUUACUCCUGUAAUAAAGUAUCAGUACCUAGUACUGGACAAUUAGCAAUGGACUUAAUGUGUGGAGAAUGGGGUGCAAGUAGAUGUACCCCAUUGAAAUGGUAUCAUUACAUGGGCGAUGCAGAAAGUAACAGUUAUGUACCCUUUCAAAUUACAUACAAAAAUACAGAUGAGCCUGUUGGCCCAUUUACACCUGUGGAUCCUACGGUUACUCCUUGCAGUAAGGCAUUGAACAAAAAUACGCCAGCCUGCAGUUGUGUAGACUGUGAAGCCAGCUGCCCAGUACCACCACCAUUGCCACCCCUGCCAGAACCCUUCACCAUUUUGAACUAUGAUGGCUAUUCUGUGGUCAUGUUGAUUAUUUUUCUGUGUGGAUCAUCCCUCUUCCUCUUAUCGAUAGUGUGCUUCAGUAAUAGACAACAAAUCGUCGCACGAGGGGAGGAAGUAGGAAGGCAGGUGGGUAGACGCCUUGCCGCAGGGUUACACCACCCAGGAGAUGGUGCUCGUAUUGCUCUCGCCGCGGACCAGGAAGACAGCCCACUUCAAUCUAAGCGUUCCAGUGUGAUAUCUGCAGAUGAUUUGCCGAGCGGAUUCGACGACGAACAACGAUCGACCUUUAUCGAAAGAUUGGGCGCAGGCACUGAUAAAUUAUUGGCGGAAUUCUUUUGUUGGUGGGGUACAGGAUGCGCCUCGCGACCGUGGUUAGUUCUGUUCGCUGGUUUUUUGUUCAUCGUUACUUUGGGUCAUGGAAUAAAGUACAUACACGUUACCACGGACCCGGUUGAAUUAUGGGCAGCUCCCCAAUCCCGAUCACGAGUCGAAAAAGAAUAUUUCGACCAGCACUUUGAACCAUUCUAUAGAACCGAACAAAUAAUCAUAACAUCAGUUGGUUUGCCAAAUAUCGUGCACAACACAUCCAAUGGCCCAAUAACGUUUGGUCCCGUAUUUAACGACAGUUUCUUGUUGGCGGUCUAUGAGCUCCAAGAAGGAAUUAAACAAAUAGUUACACCAAACAAUUACACAUUGGCAAAUAUAUGUUUUGCUCCGUUGACUAGUCCCUUCACUGGACCUCCAACGGUUUCACAAUGUGUCAUUCAAAGUAUUUGGGGUUAUUGGCAAGAUAGUAUAGCGAACUUUAAUUCGACUAACGAUGAAGACAAUUACACGAUAAAUUAUUUGGACCACUUCAGAGUUUGUUCGCAAAACGCGUACAAUCCUGAAUGCCUUGCGCCUUACGGCGGGCCAAUAGAACCAGCGAUUGCUGUCGGAGGCUUCUUAAAGCCAGGACAGGAUCUCCAUAAUCCUCCGUACGAGAAAGCCACAGCAGUGAUUCUGACUGUAUUAGUAAACAAUUAUCACGAUAAAUCCAAACUUCAUCCAGCAAUGGAGUGGGAACAGAGCUAUGUCGAAUUUAUGAAAAAUUGGACAGCAACGAAGAAGCCAGCAUUCAUGGACAUAGCUUUUACUUCUGAACGUUCGAUCGAAGAUGAGUUGAAUCGCGAAUCUCAAUCGGACGUUUUAACUAUCCUAGUGUCGUACAUUAUUAUGUUCGCAUACAUUGCAAUUUCUCUAGGACAGCUCAAGACUUGCAGUCGACUGUUGAUCGACUCUAAAAUUACCCUCGGUCUAGGCGGCGUAGUCAUAGUGUUGGCUUCUGUCGUUUGUUCCGUCGGUUUGUUUGGUUUCAUUGGAAUCCCCGCUACGCUCAUUAUUAUUGAAGUCAUACCAUUCCUCGUCCUUGCUGUCGGAGUAGACAACAUUUUCAUUCUGGUCCAAACACAUCAAAGAGAAGGUCGACAACCAAACGAGUCGAUACCAGAGCAUAUUGGCCGUACCCUUGGCCACGUGGGGCCGAGUAUGUUGUUGACUAGCGUAUCAGAGAGUUGUUGUUUUUUCCUUGGUGGAUUAUCCGACAUGCCUGCAGUUAGAGCCUUCGCUCUCUACGCUGGUAUGGCGUUGUUAGUAGACUUUUUACUUCAAAUAACGUGUUUCGUUAGUUUAUUGGCGCUGGACACAGUUCGCCAAAAUAGUAACCGACUGGACGUUUGCUGUUUCAUCCAUGGUUCGAAGAAAGAUAGCGGGGAGGAAGUAGUGAAUGGAAUUUUGUACAAAAUCUUCAAAGUUGUGUACGUCCCAUUAUUAAUGAAAAAGUGGUCACGUGCAAUCGUUAUGGUAGUUUUCUUCGGUUGGCUCUGCUCGAGCAUAGCCGUUGUCCCACAUAUCGAAAUUGGCUUGGACCAAGAACUCUCCAUGCCUGAGGAUAGUUUCGUUUUAAAAUACUUCAAAUAUUUAAAUAGUUAUUUAUCAAUUGGUCCGCCGAUGUAUUUUGUCGUGAAAGAUGGCCUAAAUUACUCCGACCCGAGAGCGCAAAAUCUUGUCUGCGGCGGUCAAUAUUGUAACAGUGAUUCAGUAUCUACUCAAAUAUUUAUAGCAUCGAAACAGUUAAACAGGACGUACAUAGCUAAACCUGCAUCAUCGUGGGUGGACGAUUACAUCGAUUGGACUGACUUAUCUUCUUGCUGUAAAUACUUCGUUUCGAACAAUUCCUUCUGUCCACAUACAGCAUUUUCGUCCCAAUGUGAGACGUGCAAAAUCAAUCAUGAUCACGGUCGUCCCACGCCGAUGGAUUUUGAAAAAUAUGUGUCGUUCUUUUUACAAGACAAUCCUGAUGAUACGUGCGCCAAAGCAGGACACGCAGCUUAUGGCCACGGCGUGAAUUAUGCCACCGAUCCUAAAACAGGCCUCUCGAAAGUCGGAGCAUCAUAUUUUAUGACGUAUCACACAAUUCUGAAGUCGUCCGCCGAUUACUACGAAUCGAUGAGGGCCGCGAGAGCCGUAUCGGCAAACUUAACCAAUAUGAUCAAUACCAAUUUGAGGAGCAUGGGUGAUAACUCCACAAACGUCGAAGUAUUCCCGUACAGCGUGUUCUACGUCUUCUACGAGCAAUACUUAACGAUGUGGCCCGACACAUUGUAUAGCAUAGGGAUAUCGUUGCUCGCCAUAUUCGUGGUUACGUUCCUUUUGAUGGGCCUGGAUAUAUUUUCCUCUGUCGUUGUUAUAAUAACUAUCACCAUGAUCGUCGUCAACAUCGGCGGUUUAAUGUAUUGGUGGCACAUCACGCUGAACGCAGUGUCCUUGGUCAAUCUCGUCAUGGCUGUAGGAAUUGCUGUUGAGUUUUGCAGUCAUCUGGUACAUUCUUUUUCGGUCUCAGUGAAGGCGACGAGAGUUGACCGAGUCGCCGAUGCAUUGACGAACAUGGGAAGUUCCAUUUUUAGCGGUAUCACGUUGACAAAGUUUGGUGGAAUCGUAGUACUUGGUUUCGCGAAAAGCCAAAUAUUUCAGGUAUUCUACUUCAGAAUGUACCUGGGUAUUGUACUGUUCGGGGCGGCGCAUGGCUUAAUAUUCUUGCCAGUAUUACUCAGUUACAUAGGCGUGAUGUCGCGCCGAAGGCGCAACAGAGUCCGCCAUCGUGCCAGCAGGGCUAGAAACAAAUUUAGGAGUGAAGAACGCGAGCCCAACUCUCCUCUGCUCCAAAAUGACAACAAUCAGUUCCCAACCACUUCCUACGCCAGUGUGAACUCCACGGAGUCAACGCAUCGAUAUUUGACCUUCUAGCAUUAAUCAUCAGAAUGAUAUGAACGUUUUUGUAUUUAGAGAGACUGAACUCGACGAACACGACACAUGGUUAUCUCUCAUCUUCUACUACAAAAUUCUUUCUUCGCAGAUCGAAAUAAGUUAAACGAAUCGUCAAUGAAAUUGCCACGAUCCACGUAAACUGUGCAGUUCAUGCCUGGUGUCUUUGUUUCUAAUUAGGAAGGAACUACUUUCGUAUAUUAUUCAUUCUAUUACGAAUAUCAUAAGAAUUGCGUCCUAUUUAGGGUAUUUAUUUCGUGGAAAAAACAGCCUUUCAAGUUAACGUUGCACUACUUCUGAAGCUUUACUUAUAUUAUAUUCGCGUAAUUUUUAAGGGUGGCAUGAUCAAUCGAGAGACGAUUGAGUGUCAAGGAACAGUCGUUUAAAGUUCUGACAAGCGUGGCAGAUAGUUUUUUCUGGUAUUCUUUGAUAAUGUAAAACACGUAAAUGUAUGUUGCUUGGCAAACGACCAAUGUAUCUGCAUUUUUCUCGUGCUUUAUCGUCGAGCGUGCAUUUUUCUUCGACGUGAGAUACAUUUUAUUUCCAAUAUCGGUGACGCGUAAUUCGUGUGUCAUAAAGUGAUGUGCCAGUGACACGAUAACGUUAUCUUUUAUUCGUGGAAAUUUGAUCACACAUAAUAUACUAUCCUAUAUUUUAAAUGCAAUUUUACCAUUUCAACAGAAUUAUUUAAAAAUAUAUAUCAUCGAAGUUUUUGCACAACGUAAAUGUAGAACUCUGUCCAAAUGAGUAUUAACCGUCCUUAGUCAUGGUAAAGAAACAAAUAUAAACGAUUCUAAAUUUACGUUGAACAAAAAUUGUUAGUUAAUGCGGUACCGAUUACGAUCAGUUAGUUGAAGUACGCGACAUCGAUAUUGGCAUAUAUUAUUCAUCCUUGCGUUCUUCUUUUUCUAUGAUAUACAAACGAUAAUAUUCCGAAUCGGUAACGUUUUCAAGUAACAUAUUUUUACGUUAUAGCAGACAACUGUAAGUCAUUUUGUUUGUUUCUCUUUUUUUCUUAUAUCCUUUACUAUAUUCACUAACUUUUUUAGCCAUUACUUUUUCUAUUGUCUGCAGUCUUACUGAGCCUGGAGUGAAACGCGAACCGAAUCGCAACAGCUGUUCCCCAGUGUUCAAGGAAAAAAACGAUAUCGUUUUUCGAUAACAUAGUGUUGUUGCUCGGUUCUCUUACGUUUUAUUCUCACAAUCUUAAAGAUUUCACUAGAUAACUAUGGUGUUUAACGAGAAAAAAAGGAAAAGGUAGUUAAGUUAGAAAGUUGAAUGAUGUAGAAGUGUUAGCUGUUUAAGUUCCGUUGCGUGCUUUAUCGGUGUAAAAUGUCUCGUAAGAAGUAUGACGCUUCUGCUCGGUGUCCACAAUGAAUUGUCAAACAGUAUUUUUGUUGUAUGAAAAUUCGACGGAGAGGUAGUCGAUCCGAAGCCCGUCUCUUCUGCGAUAGCGUGAACAUUUCAUGUCGCGAGUUCGGACUCGCGCAUUUUUUUUGUAAAAUUAUUUGUAUAUGAAGAACAAUUUUUAUACUGAGAAUGGAGGUACACACACUCGCGCACGUCACUGCGACGUUAACAAAGAAAACCUCGUUGAAAUUAUUAGACGAUACGUAUGCGAUUGUUGUUAAUGCUGUGUGCAACGAAUGAGAAGAAAACGAAAUUCGUCUGUGCUAUUGGAUGUUUGUAGAUCUCGUCUAGUGAUAAAAAAAAAAGGUAUGUUCUAUAUGUACAAAUGGUGAAAAAGUAUCGAUGAACGUUAAAUAAAUACCGACGAGUAUGUACAAUUACGCUCGGAUUCAUUCGCAUAUGUAUACACGUGCAACGAUGUUAAUAGACUGCAUAUCACUAGUAAAUUUUCAGUAUUAAAUUCUCGAGACGAGCAGAGCACGGCGUAACUACCAAAGAGGUGUCCGAACAACGGUGAAACCGUGUUAAACACGUAAUACGAAUAAACUUUUCUUUCUGUUUGUACGAUACAAA